AUGCGAAACCUUUUUGUUUUUGGAGGCUCGUCUCACCCCGAGUUGACGGAAAGUGUUUGUCGACGCCUUGGCAUUCCGGUGGGAAAGACGAAAUUGACGAAAUUCAGUAACAACGAAACCAGUGUGGAAAUCAAGGAAUCGGUCCGAGAUCACGAUGUCUACAUUAUUCAAUCCGGUUGCGGCCAUGUCAACGACAACCUUGUCGAACUUCUCAUCAUGAUCAAUGCUUGCAAAAUUGCUUCGGCCAAGCGUAUUAUUGCGGUCAUUCCUUAUUUCCCCUACAGUCGUCAGGCCGAUGUCCCUCACAAAGCUUCGGGGGCACCUCUUCCUCGUCUGCCGCCACCUACCGAGCCCGUCACUCCCAAAAUAACCACCGAACCGGUGGGCAACGUCCCUGAUUAUGUGUCAGCUCAGUUGGUGCGUCGCUUGGAAAAUCAAACCGAGAAAUCGCCCUACCGUGAGUGGCUUGCAAGAUCAGGCACUCUGGUGGCCGAUCUGUUGACGACUGCCGGGGCUGAUCAUAUCAUUACCAUGGAUCUCCAUGAUGCUCAGUUCCAAGGCUUCUUUGAUUGUCCUGUGGAUAAUCUUGCCAGUCGUCCGUGUAUCAUCAAGUACAUUCAAUUGCAGAUUCCCAAUUAUCAAGAUGCGGUGAUUGUGUCGCCUGAUGCGGGUGGUGCCAAACGUGCUACUUCAAUCGCCGAUCGUUUGCAGAUGGAUUUUGCUUUAAUUCACAAAGAAAGACGCAAAAUCUCGACGCAGCGUCAUGAAUUCAUGCUUGUGGGUGAUGUUCGCGGUCGAGACUGUAUUCUGGUAGACGAUAUCUGUGACACUUCUUACACCAUCACCAAAGCGGCUAAACUGUUGCGAGAAAACGGGGCCAAGAAAGUGUAUGCGAUUGUGAGUCACGCGCUCUUAUCUGCCAAUGCGAUGGAAAACAUCGAAAACAGCAUGAUUGAUGAAAUGGUGGUGAGCAAUUCUAUUCCACUUAAUCACACUCUCCGAAGCUCCAAAAUCAAGGUAUUCGAUGUGGCCCCCAUAUUUUCCGAAGCCAUUCGCCGCAUCCACUUUGGUGAAUCACUCUCCAUGUUAUUUGACGCAUCCCACGAACUCGUCUAA